UGAAUAUAAAUAACUGCCCUUAAACAGCAGAUUACAAACUAGUAGUUUUCAUUGAAUGGUGUACUUUUUGUUGUGAACAAUGAAAAACUCUCCAACUCUGCUUUUGCUGGUUCUCCUGGGGACCUGCUCAGCACGCACCUUCAAAAAUGUGGCCCUGCGUGGUAAAGCCACUCAGUCAACACGCUACGACGCAGUAGCGUCAGCUGCCUACGCUGCAAUUGAUGGAAACCGCGAUUCUGAUGCUCGACGUGCAUCGUGCUCACACACAAAAGAAGAGACCAACCCCUGGUGGAGAGUGGACCUGCUUGAGUCCUACAUUGUCACUUCUGUCAUCGUCACCAACAGAGGAGACUGCUGUGCUGAAAGACUCAAUGGGCUGCAGAUCCACAUAGGCAACUCUUUGAACAACAACGGCUUAGACAACCCAAAGGUUGCUCAUCUUUCUCAAGUUGGUGCAGGCCAAUCCUACACUGUGACUUUCACCAGUCGUGUGGAGGGGCGCUAUGUAACUUUGACUCUGCUUGGUUCACAAAAGAUCCUCACACUCUGCGAAGUGGAAGUCUACGGAUAUCACGCUCCAACUGGAGAGAAUCUUGCACUUCAAGGAAAAGCCACACAGUCCUCGCUGUAUGAGUUUGGCAUAGCCUACAAUGCCAUAGAUGGAAAUCGCAACAACAAUUGGGAAGGGGCAUCCUGCAUUCAGACAAGCAAUAUUUUCAGCCCCUGGUGGCGACUUGACCUGCGCAAAACCCACAGAGUUUUUUCUGUUAUAAUAGUCAGCAGAGCUUCGUUAACAGAAGGACUCAACGGAGCUGAGAUCCACAUCGGAGAUUCUCUUGAUAACAAUGGAAACACCAAUCCCAGGUGUGCUGUGAUCUCAAGCUUCCCAGUAGGUGCCAUUCAAGAAUUCCAAUGCAACGGGAAUAAUGGGAUGGAUGGCCGCUAUGUCAGCAUAGUUAUCCCAGGAAAACAGGAAAUCCUGACUCUGUGUGAGGUGGAAGUGUAUGGCUCUGUCCUGGAUUAGAUGGAAAGCUUAUAUCACUUACACAGUGAUUAAAAUAAAUAAAUUUAAAAAUCUGGAUAAUAAAAAAAAUCAUGCUUCAUUGUGAUUGUUAAUAUAAAAACAACCAGUGUGAGCAGAAAAAUACUGCAUGUUUGCACUGGAGUGAUGUAAAUUCAGCUAUUAUGUUAUAUGCAAGACAGUGAAGAUGGUGCCAUCCUGUGGUGACGCUGGGCUGCUGUGUUUGGUGAUUAGAUCUUCUGAUUUUUUUACAUUUAUGAGACUCAUACUCAAAAAAAUUGGAUAGAAAAUGCAAUCUAAAAAUAGGUCUAGCAAUAAGAUUAUAAACAAUGAUACAGCUGACUUUAAUUUAUUGACAUUAACAUUAAUUAAUAGGUAAAAAAAAAAAAGAAAGGUUGCACUUAAAAAAAAAAUAUAUACAUAUGAGA